GCUCCUCCGCCCUUCCCGCGCCCUCCCUCUUCUACCUCCCGCCCGUCAACGCGUCUUCAACCUCUUCCCAUACCACGCCGCCCAACAUGGUCCCCAAGAAGAAGCCUGCCACUGGCGAACUGCUGAUCUCUGUUGCAGAAUUCAAUCGGACUAGAGACCACGUUCUGGGCUCUCUCCACAGCCUCCAGAAUGGUCUCGUCAAUGUACAACACCAGAUCACCGUUCUCAUGGAUCACUACAACAAGCACUGCGCAUCAGUCCUCGGCAUCGAAAAAGAAGACUUCUCAACCGAAAACGAUGCUAUCACAUCCACCAUCAAGACCGCCGCGAAUGUUGUAGAGAGUGGCCAAAAGCUCAUGGACAACGUAGCUGGAGACGUCGGCGUGCCUGCUGAGAAAGCAAUUGACGCUGUCAAGAGCAAGAAGCGCAAGCGCGAGAAGAAGGAAAAGGACCCUAAUGCGCCCAAGAAACCCCUCACUGCUGCCUUCCUCUACCACCAACACGCGCGUCCCAUCGUCAAGGCGGAUCUGGAGGCAGCGCUCGCUCCCGGUGGCACACUCGCUCCAAGCGCCGUCCAGACUGAGGUCAACAGGCGAUGGGCUGAACUUUCCGACGCGGAGAAGGAGGAAUGGAAGGCAUCCUACCGCAACUCCAUGGAAGAGUGGAAAGUCCAAAUGGCCGAGUACGUCAAGCAGAAGGGCAUCAAGGACGCCGAAAUCGAAGAAGAUGACGCGUCCGAGGAAGGCGAGCCAGAAAUCGAAGCUGAAGUCGAAGCCGGCGCCGCCGACACAGACGCCUCUUCUGAAGACGAAGACGAAGCACCCGCCAAAGCGCCCUCUCCCCCCGCAAAGACACCACGCAAGCGCCAGAAGACCACCCCCGCUGUAAACGGCAACUCAAUCCCCGUCUCCAUCGCGCCCGCCACAGCUCCCACACCCGUGCCCCUGCCCACCUCGCGCUCCGCAACCCAAGUCACUGCCUCAACCUCCACCGCCGUCGCCGAAACCCCCGCAAAGAAAGACAAGAAGAAGAAGGAAAAGUCCGCGCCUCAGCCCAUUGCUCCCGCCCCUGCAUCUUCUCACGACGAACCCACUCCUCCAGAGGAGACCGGUGCGGCGAAGAAGAAAGCCAAAUCCGGUCGUAGCACGCGCAACACCGAGACGGAAGGCGACAAGGAGAACGCGGCACAGGCUGCGGCGCAGGAGAAGGAGAAGGCGGAUAAGGCCGGUAAGGAGAAGAAGAGGGAUCGGAGUAAGAGGAAGAGUGAGGUUGCUUCGUCCUAGAACGACGGCUUUUUUCUUGCAUUCUUUUUAGUUCGCGUAUACCGCCCGAGAGCUUUACUGUCGAUCGGCCGGAUUAGACAGCGGGAUGUGUCUUUGUAUAUCUACAUUCACUCGUCGCUGUCGCUGGUGUCUUUCUUAUCACGGCGAAUGGGGCGCGAAUGGAUGUUUUAUUGCUUUGUUCGAGAAGAGUACCGAGAUGGGUGCAGUAAGCUCCUGCUACACUACAUGCAAAAUGUGCCCUCUGGGCGAGAUUAUUCGCGGAAGGGUUUCAAUGGACUACUAGCACUGUCUACUUCAUACCUUUCAUGGGAGGUAAGAAUGGAGUGUACAUGUGUGUAUCAUGGAGAUGCGCGAAUAUUACUAGUUCUUUUA